CUAAUUUGUACACCAGAUUUUUUUUGCACUCCAGGUCCAACGUCCAUCUCAUGCCUGAUUCUUUCUUUACAUCCUCCAAACCUCGGAAAAGGAAGCGCACAAACGAUGCGGGGCCCAGUAGUUCCAAAAAAGUCCCGCGUAAGGGCGCGCAACAGAACGGUGUCAGAUUCCAAGGUCCCAAGUCCAAUGGUGCCCAGAAGAAGAGGAAGACAGCCGACGAGGAGCUGGAUUCUGACCAUCCUGACGACGACGCGGGAGACAUAGAUGAUAUAGACCUCAGGGCGCCGAGUGAUGACGAUGAAGUCAGUGGGGAGGAGGAUCCAGACGAAACACCAGCCGAGAAACGAUUGAGACUGGCUCAGUUGUAUAUUGACGGUGUCAAGGAAGGGCUGAAAUUAGCCGACGGUGAAUUCGACGCGGCUGAGAUUGACCGAGAACUCAUUACUGCCAGGCUGAAGCAGGACGUACUAGAGCAUUCAGGAAAAAUACAUCUCUUCAUCGCAGACUCCUUUGACUUUUCUGAACCUCCCAAGACUAUAUUUCGCACCAAAACAUCCAAGUCUUCCGUUACAUGUGCCGUGGCUGCAGAAUCCGGGCAAUAUCUCUUCACGUCAGAAAAGGAUGGCACCAUCACAAAAUGGGAUCUAACGUCCAGAAAGAAGGCGGCAAUAUUCCACUCAAUACGAACUCAGGCGAAAGGGAAAGGGAAAGCGCAGGCAUCUGGUGAGGAGGUCAAGGGUCACACUGACGAGGUUUUGGCGUUGGCUCUAAGCGAUGAUGGAAAAUACCUUGCAAGUGGAGGCAAGGAUCGUAGACUCGGAGUGUGGGACGCGGAGAAUGCACAGUGGAUAAGAGGGUUCAUUGAGCCAAUGUGUCACAAAGAUACAAUAUCAGCGUUAUCCUUCCGUAAAGGCACGCAUCAACUAUACUCAGGCUCAUUAGACCGAUCACUCAAAGUAUUCGAUUUAUCUCCUGGAGUUAUGGGCUACGUCGAGACGCUUUUCGGCCAUCAGGAUCAUGUCGUUGCUCUUGACUCCCUGCGAGGUGAGACGUGCGUAAGUGUGGGCGCACGAGACAAGACAGCGCGGUAUUGGAAAAUAGUAGAAGAGACGCAGCUCGUGUUUCGAGGCGGAGGACGUAGCCGUGUGCGAGACGUUUUGGAAGGGGGUCUUGCUGAUCAGGAAGACGGCGAGCCUGAGCCUAAACGAGACGUUACGAUGAAGUUCGUUGAGGGGCGCCUCGAAUGUGUCGCGAUGAUUGACGAAUCCAUGUUCGUCAGUGGUGGGGACAGUGGAUCCAUAUGUCUAUGGAUGACACAGAAAAAGAAGCCAGUGUUCACUCAGCCUUUGAGCCAUGGCUUCAACGAAGUUUCUUCGGAAACCGAGGGCAUUAUAAAGACACCUCGGUGGGUAACAGCCCUAGCCAGUCUCCGAUAUUCUGAUUUGUUCGCAUCUGGCUCAUGGGAGGGCGAUAUAAGACUGUGGAAGCUCGAUUCUAAAUUGAAGUCCUUUUCCCUAGUAGGCACAAUACCGGCGCUUGGCGUGGUCAAUUCCCUGCAGUUUGUGUCUCCCCCAAAAAGCUUCUUCGAUGGAGCGGAAUGGACGAAGGAAGGACAACUUGGCACUGACGGCGCGUCAAAGCGGAGGGAUGCGGGUCGGUAUUUGCUAAUCGCUGGCAUGGGUCGGGAACACAAGUUCGGACGUUGGCAGAAUGUUAAAGAGGGCUGGAAUCGCGCUUUGGUUGUCGCACUUUCGCCUCGGACAUCAUCAUAACGUUUUUGGAUUCCUACGAAACUUGUUCUAUGUGCUAGUAGGUAGACAACUACACCCGGCGAUCUUACACGUUUCUAUCCAUGCUACCAUUUACCUCACCACUCAUAAAUCCAUCAUGAAAGUAUACAAGAAGGUAACAACUCUAAAAGAAGGUGACAAACCAUAUCCUUGAUGGACGUUGGCGGAAUAUAUCUCAAAGUCUUGCUUGAGCCGUAGUUUUCGACGACGUCAAAGCUGCCCAAAUCUUCUCUGCCAAACCAGUAGGGUUCAUCUGAACAACCUAAGAAAGCGUGAGACUUUGAUGAAGUCCAAAAAUAGACA